AUGAAAGGAAUCCAGAUCUGGAUCCUUCAACAGCUCACGACAGAUCUGGACAAGUGCUUGUGUCUGGGCUUAUAUGGGUUGCAUAACACGACACAGCCCCGAGCCCGGCGGAGUGAAGAGGAGGAUACCUCAGACACCCCAGCCUCAGACACCCCAGCCUCAGAUACCCCACCCUCAGAUACCCCAGCUCACUCAAGCCUCAGAUACUCCAGCUCACUCCAGCCUCAGAUACCCCAGCUCACUCCAGCCUCAGAUACUCCAGCUCACUCCAGCCUCAGAUACCCCAGCCUCAGACACCCCAGCUCACUCCAGCCUCAGAUACCCCAGCCUCAGAUACCCCAGCUCACCCCAACCUCAGAUACCUCAGACACCCCAGCCUCAGACACCCCAGCUCACUCCAGCCUCAGAUACCCCAGCUCACUCCAGCCUCAGAUACCCCAGCUCACUCCAGCCUCAGAUACCCUAGCCUCAGAUACCCCAGCUCACUCCAGCCUCAGAUACUCCAGCUCACUCCAGCCUCAGAUACCCCAGCCUCAGACACCCCAGCUCACUCCAGUCUCAGAUACCCCAGCUCACUCCAGCCUCAGAUACCCCAGCCUCAGACACCCCAGCUCACUCCAGCCCCAGACACCCCAGCACACCCCAGCUCACUCCAGCCUCAGAUACCCCAGCUCACCCCAGCCUCAGAUACCCCAGCCUCAGACACCCCAGCUCACUCCAGCCUCAGACACCCCAGCCGCAGCUACCCCAGCCUCAGAUACCCCAGCUCACCCCAGCCUCACUUCAAUCCGUCAUGCUUUCGUGCAAAAUCUGAAGUGCUCUUAA